AUGGGCUACAUUUUCUGUCUUGCUAUCUGCCUGCUAACAUCAUCUACUCUCAGUCUGUUCCAGACUGGGUGCAGGCAAACUCAGGAACCUGAAGGCUUCUGUAAUGCUUUCCCUCCACUGUGGGAAUCUGCACCUCAAACCUUAGAAGAUUACCUGAGAAAAGGCAACACCAUUGUCAUCAAUCCCUGGAACUAUAGGGAGAGACUGGGAUUGUAUAAAAUAUUGCUGAACUUCUCAGCUAAAUAUUUUGCUGGACUUGGACCUAAAAACGGUGGGAACAUCCUUUGGGGAUUGCCCUUGCAGCAUGGCUGGCAAUACAGAACAGGCAGAUUAGCAGAUCCCAUUAGUGACACAGUGUGUGGCCAUAAGGAUGGAGACGAUCUCUGUGUAUCUGUAUACAGCUGGUGGGCUUGUAUGAACUACUACCUAGCCGUUAUUCCCUUUCUGGGAGCCCUGGACAGUGGCUUCUUUGGAGAGCUGCCAUAUGAGGUAGAAAUGGUACCAUCAGUUGAGCAGCAAGCUGACUUUUGCCACAGCACUACCGAAUGCAAGAUUCAAGCCCCCAGAGUUAUGGCUAGCUGGAGCAAUUUCUUCAAGUAUCUUUUAUCCACUGAACCAAAUUCUGAAUCAUCUGCAACCCUUUUCUUCUCACAAGAAGAGGCCCUGAACUAUAUGUGGAAAGCUCAUGUCCAAUCCAUUGCCUUUGCCCUUCCAAAGUUUCAGAACCGAUUAUCAUAUCUCAACAGUCCAGAAAGUGCUUUUGCUAAGGAUUGGUCAGCUGCAGUUGACUUCAUUGCGGCCACUCAUUUUUCUACGAACCAGAACACUACAAACCAGUUCCAGACAGGGUUACCACCUCGACUGCUUUUGGAAGGAGACAAAGAACCUCUUAUUGCUGACUUUACACCUACGCAGAAUAAAGUGUUGUUUCUUCUUCGGGCUCUUCGAAAGAGUAAUGAGAAAAUGGGGGGAAUUUUGCUCCUGUUGUGGAGAAAAGCCAUGUCAUCUGAAGAAGCAAGAAAAAUUGGCCGCCACCUGCUUGAAAGCGUAAUAUAGAGCCAUGGUUUCCAACCUUUGAGUCUCCAGACGUUUUUGUGUUAAAAGUCCCAAAAAACGUCACCACUAGUUUUUGGAAAAUCCGAAUUCUAUCUGCUUAAAAGCAAUGACUUUACUUAUUGUCCCACAGGUCAAAUACCAAUGAUUGUAUACUGCCUAUAUUGUAUAAUGCCAAUACUGCUUCAAUAUUGUUUGGAAAACUUAUCUUUUCUAUUGAUCCCCCAUCUGCACUGGAUUAAUACUGCAGUCUAGUGGAGUAGUAAAUUAAGAAACGUAGGUGCUCAUCGGGACAAUACCAACCGCCAGCCGCACUUCAUUUCAAAAGCUUAAUAAUGGAAGCAGCUGGAGCAGUCCACAUUAAUAAAGGAUACAAAAAUGAGAACCCUCAAAAUUAACCUUGUUAUAAGACACUAACCUUGUCAACAAUUCCCAGAAUUAUAGAAACUCUGGCCAAAUCUGGCUCACUCA